AGAAAACAAAGUUUUCUAUCAGGGGUUUUCAUUUGCAGGUUAUGAUCUAUUUAAUGAGACUUUUUUAGGUAAAAGCAUAUUUCAUAAGAAAAUUGUGGAUAUAGUAUAGUGAAAAACCUAGCUUAAAAUGGCAUUGGCUAGGAAUGUUAGAUUGAUUUUAAACAAGAUAGCAUUGGUUGAUGUAAGAACCAGUAUCCGGUUUUAUUCAGACCAAACGGAUGAAAUAGGUGAAACAAGUGAACAAACACCAGUAGACCCUACGAAAGACAGAACCAAAAUAAUACCCGUGGAAACGAGCAUGAGAUAUCUUGAAAGCAAUGCUUACAAACAAGCAUAUGGUGAUAAUCCUGUUUGGGUAUUAUACAGACGAAAUCAUAAAGGUCAAUUUGCUCCGAGGAAGACAAGAAAAUCGUGUGUCAGAAAUGGAGUUAUAUCUACUGGGAACCCAUGUCCUAUUUGUCGUGAUGAAUAUUUGGUUUUAGAUCAUAGAAAUACGAAGUUGUUGGAGCAGUUUAUAUCUGAAUAUACAGGACAGAUACUGGACGCAUUCAACACUGGACUGUGUCGAAAAAAACAAAAGGAAUUGCUUGUAGCUAUUGAAAGGGCGUGGGACCAAGGACUCCUUACAUAUGAUGUUCCAUUCAGGGAAUAUGAUUAUUCUUUAUAUUAUAACAAAACUAGUGUUUCGUAAUAUGAAUGUUAUUCAAAAGUAGAUGAAGUAGUUGAUUAGUCAUAUAAUACAAACAUAAAAUCCA